GCUGCCAUCCACACGCCGCUCGACAUGCCUUCGUCCACAGGUCCGGUCAACGAGGACACUCUCAUUACCAUCAAGAUCUCAUUCGACGACUGCACCAAGAGACUCAAGUUGCCGCUCAAGGAUCUGAGUGCAAACACUCUGCCUAUCAAGCUCCGCCACCUUCUCUGCAUCGCCCCUGACCAACAUGUCGUCUUCGAGCGCUACUCUGACUCGGCAGGCGGCUAUGUCGUCCUCGACGACUCCAAUCCUGCCGUCUUCAAGACUCUCAUCCGUGCCGCCAAGGCUAAGCUCAAGCUCAAGCUAAGAGCCUCCGCUCCCUCGGAGCACUCCAAGGCAGAUGCUCCUGCUUCAGAGCCAUCCAUUGCUCCCUCUUCCUCUGUUGCUCCUUCAAGAAGUGCUACUACACUCGACCAACACUCUAUCGGUCCCGGCAUCUUCGAGUUCCGUGAAGCACUUAGCUCCAUGAAGAAGACCGACAUCGAGGCUCCUGUCCCUCGUCCCUUCGGUAAGUCUGAUAUCAUGAACGUCUACCCUGCACUUAUUGACAAACCAGACUUUACGGCCAAUCCAGUUGCUCAGGGCCCCAAACAUGUCCUGCCGCUUCGUGUCGCCGCACCAGUCGAGGUCGCUAGAGGACCAUGGACUAUCUUCUGCAAUGCUUGCGAANAGAUCAUGCCCAACGUCCAUUAUCACUGCAGCGCCUGUGACGGCGGUGACUAUGACCUUUGCGAAACUUGCGUCAAUCAGGGUGUUUCCUGUCUUGGAGAUGGCCAUUGGCUGGUCAAGCGUUCUAUUCAAGAUGGCAAGCUUGUCAGCAGUACCACGGAACGCUUUGCUCCUAAGACCAAGACUACCACUGCAUCCGCACCUGCCUCUCCGCCUAAGUCCGAGACUAUCAAGGAGAUUCCUGGAGCCUUCACCGAAGACGUCAAUGCCCUGUCUGAGUCAUCCCGCACCUGCAACGCCUGUGUUGUGACGCUUCCCGAUCACGAAUUCGUCACGUGUGUUCAGUGUGAUGACUACGACCUCUGCUUGAACUGCCACACCACUAACACACAUGGUCAUCACCCCGGUCAUCACUUCAAGCCUGCAGUCGAUGGUGCUGCUCUCUCACUUGCCCAGGAGGCCCUUCUGCCCGCUGGCCGCAACUUCAGACACACUGCCAUCUGUGAUGGUUGUGACAAGAUGAUCCAUGGUGUGCGCCACAAGUGCUUCGACUGCCCUGACUUUGAUUACUGCAGCGAAUGCCACAAGAAUGCUCGUCACACUCAUCCUCGUCACCGCUUCGCCGCCAUCUAUGAGCAGUUCAAGGGCCGUCCUGCCUCGUCUGUCUCCCACCACGGCAUCUAUUGCGAUGGCCCUCUUUGCAAGGGCAAGUCGCAUCAGUCUUACAUCCAAGGUGUGCGAUACAAGUGUGUCGUCUGCCACGACACCGACUUCUGCCAGAACUGCGAAGCUCUGCCUACUUCUUUCCACAAUAAGACUCAUCCUCUGGUCAAGUUUAAGACUCCUGUCAACAACUUGACUAUCUCGACAGAGAGUGAGACCAAGCAUGGAGUCCGCAAGCUUGGUGACCGUGACCCCGUUCGUAACUCGAACACUCCUGUCGCACUCAGCCGCAGGCAGUCAGCUAAUGCUACUGCUCCAGUCAAGACUGUCGCUGAUAUCAAGCCAUCGCCCCAAGCUGAGGAGAAGGUGCUCGAUGAAAAGAAGAUUGAGCAGAAGAUGUCGCCAGUCUCUGAGCCAGUGGUGGCCACUUCCUUGCCCAAGGCUCCUUUGCGCCUGCCUGAGGCUGUCUUCGUCGCCGAUCGUGUUCCCGACGGUACCGUCAUUGCUCCUAAUGCUCGUUUCGUCCAAUCUUGGACCCUUCGUAACCCCGGACCUCUCUCUUGGCCUGCUGGAUGUAGUGUCCGCUUUGUUGGUGGCGACAACAUGCUCAACAUAGAUAAUACGCAUAUCGCAGCCGCUUCCGAUGUUGCCGAAGCCAGUGAAAGCAACGUUAUCGGUCGUGAGGUCCUGCCCGGCGAGCAGUUGCCCUUCACCGUGACGAUGAAGGCACCUGCCCGUGAAGGAAAGUGCAUCAGCUACUGGCGCCUCAAGUCUGCCGAUGGCAUGCCUUUUGGUCACAAGCUUUGGUGCGACAUCGAUGUCAAGCAAGCUCCAUCAAGUACCAUUGAAGCCGUGCCCAUGCCCCGCUCUCCUGUCAGCGUUCAGGCUUCGCCCCAGGCACAGAGCUAUUAUGCUCUAUACAAGGAGCGCAUGAACGCCUUGAAGACACACCUGGAUCAGACCAACGCAAUGCCUGCUGCUGCUGUUGCAUCAAGCACAGUCUCGAAGGAGUCCCAAAAGCCCAUUGACCCUGUUACGGCCGAGCUUCCCAAGACUCCUGCUGGGGCAGAAGUUGAGGUGCCCGAGUCAGAGCAUGAAGAAGAUGAGUUGAAGGGUAGCCACAUGGUGUUCCCGACAUUGGACAAGGAGAGCCCUACGAGCUCGACCUACCAGUCCUUCAACGGCUCCGGUAUGAGCAAGAAGGUGCACGAGCAGACUGAGCAGGCCUCUCAAGCAUCUGAGGUUGCCGACAGUGUUGCUAGCGACGACGAGGGAUUCGAAGACAUUAGUGAUGACCUCGAAGUGCUCAGCGCUAACGAAGAUGAGGACGAAACUGAGGAUGACGGUUUCCUCACUGAUGAUGAUUACGAUAUUCUUGACGCCAGCGACCAAGAGACUGUUGCAUCGAUGAAGUAA